ACUAUUAUAUUUAACUAUAUUAUUAAUUUACUAGGGUUAAAGGAACUAUUAAUUAAUAUAGUUUAUAAUAGCAUCUUUAUAGUAAUAAAUAAGCUUUUUAAGCAAGCUUACUUUUUACUAUAUAAGAAGUUUUAUAUUAUAAAAGAUUUAGUAUAUUUUUAUAUAAAAUAUAUAUUUAUAAAAUAUAAACUACUAGUAGAAAUUAUAUUAAAUAAAGAAAAUACCUUUACUUUUAAAUUCUAA